AUGACCGGCCGCCAUGAUGGCAAACCUCUCAUACAUGAGCCUACCACGCCGGCUGGGGUAAAGGCCCUGCUGACUCUAUCAACUACAGGAACUGCUUGCUGGCCCUGUCGACAACGCAAGGUCAAGUGCGAUAACCAGCAGCCAUGCGAGAAUUGUGUAAAGAGGGAGCAUCCGCAGUUGUGCUCAUACAAGCCAAAUCGCUCAAACACGAGCAAAUCUGGCUCGAUUGAUGCUGGGGCUUCGCAUGGGACAAAACGUCCACACUCUCCGGGAGAAAGUGACGACUAUGAAAAUGAUAAUGAUCGUCAGCCCCAGGGUUGGCCUCGGGCAGCAGAUCAGUCGGAAACGACGGAAAUUCCUCGUUACAUAGGCCAGAAUAGCAUCCCGGCGAUUCUGCGAGACCAGCCGUCGCCAAUAGACACCAAGAAUGGCAUAGACAUUCGCCGUGAUAUGCGUCCAAUCUGGGGUCUGGACAAUUCUGCCCCUUUCCCACUCAUGUCUACGCAUCAUCUCGACAAGAUGACCCAGGAGAUAUCGGCACAGCUUCCUUCGGACCGUGAGGUUCUCAAGCUUUUCAAGACUUACAAGGAAGUUCCACAUCCCUUUUGGGGUUUUGUCAUAGAUAUUGACGACCUCGAAUCUCGUUUGAUGGUCUAUCUUGAAGAACGAGCGAGGAUACUUCGGGAAAAGGGUCCCCAAACCCAACCCAUCUCUGCUUCUUGGCUCGCUAUCCUUUUUGCUGUGCUCGCUGUUGGGUCGCAAUACCAUGACUCUCCGUACCACAUUCGGACGCGAAACUCUCAAAAGUACAUUCAAAUCUGCUUCCAUUUUCUCAGACUUGGAAAUUUCCUGCUCAGACCAAACCUAGAUUCAAUCCAGGCCCUUUUGAUGACGAGCUUCGUGCUCUUGAACGACAUGAAAGCAGAAGGAUCAUGGGCUCUACUUGCUCUCACCUGUCGAUUGGCACAGUCCUUGGGGCUUCACCGAGCACCACAGCAAGAAACAAGCUCUACAGAAUUGACCAUAAAGGACUAUGUGCGACGAAAACUCUGGUGGACUUGCCAAUGGCACGAUACGCUCACAUCACUAUCUUUUGACCGACCAAACAUGACAAACAUACAGUGCUGCGCAAUUCCACUGGCUCCAAAUGCAGGCGUCGAGGGUCUGUCAUACCUCGAAGCCAUGUAUCAUCUCUGUCAAAUUAUUUCGGAGAAGCUGAAUCCGGAUGCCGUAAAUACUGCCUCAUAUGACACCAUUGUGGCCAAUUGUGAAGAGGUCAUGUCUCUGCGGCAGAGGGUCUAUCCCCAACUUCGAAAUAAAGAGGCCUUGAAGACAGUAGUUGAUCGACUCCAGCACUAUGCACUCAGACUUCACACAGCAUUCGUAGUGUCCGUAUGCUGCCGGCCGGCGCUUCGAAGCGAUUACAAGCUGCUCAAGGCUGGAGAAAAAAAAUCCCUGUCGGCAAGAUGCAAGGCAAAUCUUAUUGAAACAGUCAACAUGUUCCUUGCAAUGCACAACAUAUCAGUCAUUCCAACCAGAAGUUGGGCAUUUACCUACCAUGGACUCUCGUCAGCGGUCCUUCUGGGUCUUUUAUCUGACCCCAAAACUGAGCCAGAAGUUCGUCGCCUACAAGGUGAUCUCAUUUCCGCCCUUUCUGCUGCCGCGGCCAAGGAACGAUCCAGCCCACCUCCGGGCCACAUCCCCGUUAGUGACAAGGACAUUGAGCUGUCUGGCCCACUAUCAAGAGCAUUGACUGCUUUGAAGCAUAUUUACGACUACGGAUCCCUCAAUGGCCUGUCAGGUCUCAAGAGCGAGGUACCUUCGGGAUCGCGGACUCCUGUUGCAAACAUGCCCUCGAAUGCGAUACUGAACGUACAGCAACGUGCUCAGUCAAGUCUAGACCCACACCAAGACGCAGCGCUGGCUAUGACGGAACUGCAGAAUGGGGCUACUUUGCCUGACUUUUCAACUAGUCUACAGUACCCGACGACAUUGGCGCAGGCACUCCCAGUCCAGGGAGUCACAGAUAUGUCACAAAUGGAUCCCUCCACGUACAUGUCCAAUAUGUCACCCAUGGACCUCUAUGAUUCCAUUUUCUGGGAAUCGCCAGAUCCAUUCUAUAAUACAGGUGCCGACAUGAAUUUUGACUUCAUGCCAUCCCAACAACCUGGCGGUGGUGGGCAGUACUUCUACUAA